CACACAGAAAGGGAUGUCUUCAUCGUCACCCGGGAUGGAACGGACCUGCCCGUUCGGGAGGUGCUGAGAACCGCAGGGUCCCUCCAACGCCCACAGCAGCCAACAUGACUUGACUGCCCCCAUCCCACUCGGUGCCUACUCUCCAGGAGCCCCCACCCUUUCCGUGUGCGCGCGCAGGAGCCAGCGAGCCGGGGAGCUGUGCGCUCGGCAGCCUGCGGGCGGCGGCCGAUAGGCUCGCGGGGAGUGGGUGGCCAGGGGCGGCGGCGGCGGCAGCGGAGGAGCUAGCGCUGCAGCUUGUCCCCUCGGGCCGCGCCCCGCCGCCACCUGCGCGUCUCCCCUUCACCUCCCCCGGCGCCCGGACUCUCCAGUGCCGUGGCGUGUGGGCUCUCGGUGCCGCAGCAGCGGUAUCUCUGCGUCCGACAAUUAGGAGACUCGGCGUUUGGUUCCUAGGGGCGCGGGACGAGCGGCGCUGCCCGUUCCGGCGAGCGCAGGGUGCGCCGCGCGAGUCCCUCCCGCCGUGCUCCCCGCGACGUUUUCGGAGGGGGUAGAGAACUGCUGUGACUUUUAAGGUCGGACUCCUCCUUCCGGCCAGCCUCCUGACGCGCCAGCCCGUAGAGAGGCCAGUGUGACCGGCAGGCCCCGAAGGCUCACGGCGUGGUGUUAGGACUUGGAACGUGUCCCGGAGCCCGCAGCUCAGUGUGCGCUGGUUAGUUUGGAGCGGGGUCGUGUGUCCCCGGGCGAGAGGGGCGGAAAGGACGUCGCGCUGUGCCCCGUCACCCACCCCCUAGUGUUGUCCCCACUUUGAGAGUAAUUGAGACUUGAGUGUGACUGCGGAGCCGCGAGGAUGCGGGUGCCGGGCGCGGGCUUUCCUUCCCUCUGCCCGGACUGAUGGGGCGGGUUGGUGAGCGGAACAAAGGAGCCCGCCCUGGGGAGUGGGUCCUAGGCUGAAGACCACGGGUCGCGCGUCGAGACGGCUGCCUGCGGACUAGGGUGGUUCACUCUCCCGCGUGCGGGCGACAAACCCCGAGUAGGGCACCUGCGCGCCGCGCUCACCCAGGCGCCGGGGCAGCCCCGCCUGCUGGCCCGCUGGCCCCAGAGGUCCGCUGCUCCCGCAGCCCCACUCCUGGCGGCCUGAGGUCCAGCGGCGAACCACUUGCUGGUGCGGAAGAGAGGCCCCGGUACCCCGGACCCUUCACGGAGAAGCCAAGGCACCUGGAAGGGGCUGCGCGCCGUGGAGUAAGCAGGCAUCUUUGGGGACACUUCUACAGACCCAGGGCUUCCAUGCGAGCGAUUUUGCUCUCCCCCUGAGCGCCUUGUUAUCUCAACCGUCUCGGCUGCCAGAGCAUCGCGCCGUAGGGCCGGGAGCGACUGGAAUUCUCGCCGGUCCUCCGGAGUGUGAGGCUCGCACGGCCCCGGCUGCCCCGCGCCUCGCCGGAGCCGGAAAGGGCGCGGGUCCGGGGAGAGGGCCGGCCGGGCGUGUUUGAUGGCUUCACUGAGAAGAGUCAAAGUGCUGUUGGUGUUGAACUUGAUAGCGGUGGCCGGCUUCGUGCUCUUUCUGGCCAAGUGCCGGCCCAUCGCGGUGCGCAGCGGAGACGCCUUCCACGAGAUUCGGCCGCGCGCGGAGGCGACCAACCUCAGCGCGCACAGCGCCAGCCCCAUCCAAGAUGCGGUCCUGAAGCGCUUGUCGCUGCUGGAGGACAUCGUCUACCGGCAACUGAAUGGCUUAUCCAAAUCCCUUGGGCUCAUUGAAGGUUAUGGUGGGCGGGGCAAAGGGGGCCUUCCUGCUACCCUUUCCCCGGCUGAAGAGGAAAAAGCCAAGGGACCCCAUGAGAAAUAUGGCUACAAUUCCUACCUCAGUGAAAAAAUCUCACUGGAUCGUUCCAUUCCGGAUUAUCGACCCACCAAGUGUAAGGAGUUGAAGUACUCCAAGGAGCUUCCCCAGAUAUCCAUCAUAUUUAUCUUUGUGAAUGAGGCCCUGUCGGUGAUCCUGCGGUCAGUCCACAGCGCUGUCAACCACACGCCGACACACCUGCUGAAGGAGAUCAUCCUGGUGGAUGACAACAGUGACGAAGAGGAGCUGAAAGCCCCCCUGGAGGAGUAUGUGCACAAACGCUACCCAGGGCUGGUGAAGGUGGUGCGCAAUCAAAAAAGAGAGGGCCUGAUCCGAGCACGAAUCGAGGGCUGGAAGGCCGCCACUGGCCAGGUCACUGGCUUCUUUGAUGCCCACGUGGAAUUCACUGCUGGCUGGGCCGAGCCGGUUCUUUCCCGAAUCCAGGAGAACCGGAAGCGGGUGAUCCUCCCGUCCAUCGACAACAUCAAACAGGACACCUUUGAGGUGCAGCGGUACGAGAACUCGGCCCAUGGGUACAGCUGGGAGCUGUGGUGCAUGUACAUCAGUCCCCCGAAAGACUGGUGGGACGCCGGAGACCCUUCUCUCCCCAUCAGGACACCAGCCAUGAUUGGCUGCUCCUUCGUGGUCAACAGGAAGUUCUUUGGUGAAAUCGGUCUUCUGGACCCUGGGAUGGAUGUAUAUGGAGGAGAAAAUAUUGAACUUGGAAUCAAGGUAUGGCUCUGCGGGGGCAGCAUGGAGGUCCUGCCUUGCUCACGGGUGGCCCACAUUGAGCGAAAGAAGAAGCCCUACAACAGCAACAUUGGCUUCUACACCAAGAGGAAUGCUCUCCGGGUGGCUGAGGUCUGGAUGGACGAUUACAAGUCUCAUGUGUACAUAGCGUGGAAUCUGCCGCUGGAGAAUCCAGGAAUUGACAUAGGUGAUGUCUCUGAAAGAAGAGCCUUAAGGAAAAGUUUAAAGUGUAAGAAUUUCCAGUGGUACCUGGAUCACGUUUACCCAGAAAUGAGAAGAUACAAUAACACCAUUGCCUAUGGGGAGCUUCGCAACAACAAAGCAAAAGAUGUCUGCUUGGACCAGGGCCCGCUGGAGAACCACACAGCAAUACUAUACCCAUGCCAUGGCUGGGGACCCCAGCUCGCCCGCUAUACCAAGGAAGGCUUUCUGCACUUGGGAGCCCUGGGGACCACCACGCUCCUCCCUGACACCCGCUGCCUAGUAGACAACUCCAAGAGUCGCUUGCCCCAACUGCUUGACUGUGACAAGGUCAAGAGCAGCCUGUACAAGCGGUGGACCUUCAUCCAGAAUGGAGCCAUCAUGAAUAAGGGCACAGGGCGCUGUCUGGAGGUGGAGAACCGUGGCCUGGCUGGCAUCGACCUCAUCCUCCGCAGCUGCACAGGACAGAGGUGGACGAUUAAGAAUUCCAUCAAGUAGUGGGAAGGAGCUGGGGACCCCAGAGCCUGGCUUCCUGGGACAGUGUCUGCCUGUGUUCUGGACCAGCCACACUGGUGGAGAGACAGCUGGGAGCCAGCAGGUGCUUGUGGGUGUCCGGGGCUUCUCCAGGGCAGCAUGGGGGCCCCAGAUGGAGACGUUGUGUCCACAUCAGGCACUCAGCUUCCAUGAGGCUCCUGGACCCUGGGAAAGCACCCCCCACCCACCCCUUCACUGGGAACCCAGGAGCUGUGUCUUCUGCAGCCCAGAUGUGAACCUGGUACCAAGGAGUGAAACAUCCACAUCUCCUUUGUCAUCUCCCCACCCACCAUCAGGACUGGACUGGCAGGGGCCUCUCCUCUUUCUCACUUCUUACAGCAGCAGCUUCUGAAUUCCACCCUAGCCCUCAACAAAGUUGGGGGCUGCAGGUCUCAGCCACAUCCUAGAUCCCCCCAUUUCAGAGGAGGCAGUGAGGCCUUGAGACUCAGUUUUCCCUGAAGUCACUUCUGCCCAGAUGUCCAUUCAUAACCAAGGUAGCCUCCACCCCAAACUUUUCCAUUAGGUGGUGUGUGGCUUUAGCUCUGGGUUUUUCCAGACUCUCCCUGAGCUGGCCUGUAAGAAGCUGACGCUUCAUAGUCACCUGGGCAUUAGUAGGUUCCUGUGCUCCCAGGACAGUUCUUCUGCCUGGGUCUGGAGGGAGCUGAAACAGACGUAGGCUGAGCACACAGGGUGGCCCGAGCUGUGCAAGGUCCCCCAGGCUGGAGUCAGGCAGUGCAGCUCUGCCUGCUAAGGACCAGGAUCCCUGACUCAUGGAGGCCACUGCAGGGGGCUCAGCAAGGGCCCUCCACCUGGAGCCUAGGGACUGGAACCAGCACAGCAAAGGGGGCCAGGGCCCUCAAGGAUGCUCUGUGCUCAUUUCAUUUCAGCCCAUGCUCUGUUGGCUGACAGGGGAGAAGGCAGUCGAUUCCUCUCUGAAGAGUAAUAAUUUUUUUUCGAUUGCCCUCUGGUUAGGGUGCACUUAUAAAUCAGAGUUAAUAUAUGGAUGUGUGUGCAUGCAUCUGAGUGUGUGCGCUAGUGUGUGUGUGGCAGGGCGUGUGUGGCUGCAUGUGCGUGCAUGCAUGUGUGACACCACGUGGCGUGUGUGUCUGGGUGUAUGUCUGAGUGUGUGGUAGAGUAGGUAUGGAAGUGUGGCUUCAGGCUUUCCACUUCAUUGCUUGCCUGGAUCAGGACAAGGCUGCUGAGAAGAUUGGGGGGCUGGGGGGUGGCCAUAUAUCUGGAUGGAAGGAUGUGGCUGGGCCUUGCCCUGUGUGGUACUCUAGACAGAAUGCUGUGCUUCUGCCAGUUCCCAUCUCUCUCCCUCAUGCUGUCCCCAAAGACCAAGCCCUGCCCAGAACCAAACCCUAUAGUUGCCCAGUUUGGGGUUCAUAUGUUUCAUUUGGUGGCAUCUUGUUGGUGAUCGGCCCCCCCAUACCCCCCUUGUGAAAUAAACACACGUGAGCACUUCCCAAA